UCGUACGCGUAAAGACACAGGCUAUUUAUAUUCCGGAGUGAGGAACCAAUCGAAAAGCCGUAUGUUGGAGCAGAAUGUACACACGGCAUAUGAAUCGUACGUACGGGGAAAAUCAUGUUUGGUGUGAAAAUGGAACUCAUUUCUAGUUUUGAGUUUAAAGCGACACGAGAAACAUCGCCUUCUAAUAAUAUACCCACAAGUCAGCGGCUAGCGGUCAGUUGUAAAUGAGACGUAUAGCCGAAAGGUUAGCACAUGGACCCUUAGCAGAGGAUAUACCGAGGAUUAUAACACUACAGAGGCUGGGGAUAAAUUUGGAAUAACAUGUGCUUUGUGGCGAUGGAGUUCACGUGAAGGAAUUUAAAUGAAUACAAUGCAAUACCAAAAUGAUAAAUCAUUUAUUGAUAAUUCUUUUAAUUACCAUACACGCUGGUUUAUCGGACAAGAACGCUAAUCAGAGGACUAAAUGUAGGACUCGAGAAAAUCCAGAUCAUCAGAAUUCCUUUUUGUGGACACUGAACCGAGAUCCACCCUCCUACUUUUUUGGGACAAUCCAUGUUCCUUACACCAAAGUGUGGAGUCACAUUCCAGAAAGCACCAAAGAAGCUUUCCAACAAUCGGAGAACAUAUUCUUUGAAUUGGAUCUUACAGAUGUUUACACAGUCACGGCUUUAGCCAACUGUCAACUUUUACCAAAUGGCGAGAACUUAUCGGACGUGUUGCCGGUUGACAUGUUCAACCGACUGAAAAGCCAUCUAGAGUAUGUUAGGGAAAAAAUGCCUUCGUGGAUGUCUGCUGACCAGAAGGGCAGAGGAAUGUACGCGGACUAUUUAUUUAAUGCUAUUGCCGGAAACUGGCAGAGAAAGCGGCCCAUAUGGGUCAUGCUGAUGGUGAAUUCUCUUACGGAAAGUGAUAUUAAGUCCAGAGGGACACCAGUGUUAGACUUGUACUUAGCUCAACAGGCGGAAAAAAUCGGCAAAGUGACAGGUGCAAUAGAGCGAGUGGAAGAACAAUGUGUCCCACUUAACGAGCUAAACUUCUCACAGGUGUUGUUUGCGUUAAACCAGACACUUUGGCAACAUGAGGCAUACAGGGCUAGCGAGGAGGGAGGGACAAGGUACACUACUGAUGAACUGAUAUAUCACUACAACUGUGGGGACCUCAACGCCGUCAUCCUCAAUCAAAAUACAGCCCAGGUGCGCAGCCUCGUCAACAACUCCCUACCCCCGGGCGCUCAGGAGACUGCCAAACUCAUUGACGAAUACUUUCGAUUGGAGCUAAUAAAUAAACGCAACGAGCGGAUGGCUGAGAGAGUAAUUAGCUUGCUCAAAGCUCACCCAAAGAAAAGUUUUUUCUUUGCCUUCGGUGCAGGUCAUUUCCUUGGAAACAACACAAUUCUUGACCGACUGUGGGAGGAAGGGUACAGGGUGGAGCAUACACCCGCAGAUAGCAUCAUUCCAAAACAUAAAAAUUCUAAUAAGCAUCAUGGAAAAAAUCAUAGGAAGAAAGGGAAGAACACGUCAUUUCCAAAUUAUGACAGUUUUAGUGAUUUCUGGUUCCAGUUAGAGUCAGACACAGAUUACAGUGAUUGGUUAAAGAAGAGGGAUAAACACAGAAAGAAAAUCUACAAUCGGUAUAAGGAAAAACCUUUUAACGACCUCUGGGUAAAGAUGGAUGCAGAAACAUCUGAUUUGAUGAAUCAGUUAGCUGAGAGAUAUAUGUCCUCAAAGGGAGUCACUCAGGAACAGACUAUCAGUGAGGAUCACCAUGGUUACUCGCAUGGUAACAGACUGUCGCCAUGGCAACCAUCAUGGUUAUGGACUUUUGUAUUAGUGCUUAAUGUGAUACAGUACCUGGUUCAUUCCUGUUAGGUCAUGCGUCUUUCAAAAUGGCCGCCAUGGGCAGACGGUCAUUGCUGAUUGGAUGAGAGGGCAGAUGGUCACGGAUGAUUGAAUACCUGUGUUAUUAGACAAUAGUGGGGACUUCGGAAAUGAGGGUCAUGACUUUGGAAUGAAAAGAUCACAGAGUGCCAAGUGAUUACAAAAUAUAAUGUUACAUGCAUGAAUUGGUUAAAUAUAUAUAAUAAAACAACCUUGAGAGAUUGACCUAAUGACCUUGUGAAAUUUGUAAAACGACCUUGAGAGAUUUACCUAUGACCAUGUAAAUUUGUGUUACAUCGACCUUGAGAGAUUUUCCUUAUCACCUUGGGAAAUAUAUGUCUAAUGACCUUGACCUUAAGGUUGACAUGUUAACCUUAAAAGGUUGAUAUAUUUACCUUGAGAGAAAUAACUUUGAGAGGUUAAACUUCUUUUUUUUCUUUCUUCUAAUGGUUUUUUACAAGAGUUAAAUUUUUCAAAGUUUUCUUUGCUUAAUUACUUCUAAACUAUAAAUUUUCAAAUUUGUUUUCUAUUUCUAUUUACCAGACAAUGAGCCGUCGAGAAAUAUCAACUUGUCUGAUGCUGAACUGUUUUUAACUCCACCAGUCGGCAUUGUCUAUUUCUUGCAUUAAUUAAUUAUUUUAAUGAUCCGCUGUGUUCGUUUUCUGUAUAUUUGGUACACCUUAUAGUAUGUCAAACUUAUCAGUACAAUGAUACUGUUAUCAUUGUUUUUGUGUGCAUAUAAACAGAAAGCCCGAGACGGGCAAAAUGAUAUUUCCCACAUUUAUUUUCACAAUUAUCAUUUUCCAUUAAUGGCAUAAUGUUAUAGCUGUUUUGUUAUGGUCAUCCAAACGCCACAACCCUGUGAUAAUGUGUAUUUGAUGGAUGUUCAUUGUGUAUGUCAUAAUGUAAUAUUGUUUUUUUUUAAUCUUAUUUGUAAUUAAUUGUAUAUAAUAAUAUAUAUAUAUAUUGUAAAGCAUUAUGUCAAAUUCCUACAUUUUAAAUUUGACAAAAUGAAAACUUAGUUAAUAGAAUAUAAAAUGAAAGACUUUGUCCUUUACUGUACAACAUAUGAUAUUGUAAACAUCAAAAAAUGAGAAGUGUUAUUUGAGGUUGAAUGGAUUAAGGAAUAAUUAGAUUAUUAUUUCAAAAUCUAUGCAUCUUAAUGUAUUUUCGACUUUAUUGUCAGAAGGUACGUAUUUUACCAAUUAGUUAUUGAAUAUUCAGUAUGACUUUUACUCAUUGAAUAUUCAGCAGAAUUUUACUUAAUGAAUAUUCAACAGUACAUUUUUUAGGCUUUGAAUAUUCAACAGAAAAUUACUGUAAAAUUUAAAGUAAAAUUCAACUGCAUAUUCAUGAAUUCUGUCAUAUAUUUAUUAACUGAAUUCUGCUGAAUAUUAUGAACUAAUUGGUAAGAAAAAGAUUAUGAUGGAGAUACUAUCAUUAAAUUCUUUUUCCAUAUCAUAAGAAUAUAUCAACAACCAAAUUGUUAUGAUCUUUUGAAUAUCCCAAUAUUGUCUUUGAGACCUUUCUAUAAGUUUAAUAAUGCAUAUAAGUUUCAAAUCAAAAUCUUCCUUAUAUCCAUCUGGUCAUGUUCAUCAGAAAUUACAACAUUGUUUUUUCGAAGACUCCCUUUCAUAAAUUUUAUGAAUUUCCAUAACCAUAUCGUAACAUUUUUUUUCUCACACACUCUUUUUUUUUAUGUUCCAUAUUUUAUGAAAUGAAAAAAUUUCUCCCUCCAUGCCCUUUAAUACUCUCUAAAACCUUGCUCAUUCAUAUACUCAUGCUACAGGGUCAAAACUUUGGGGUAAAAAUGGAUGAGGUGGGGGGGGGGGGGGGGGUUGUCAGGGUAUCUUUUUUUUAUCUUCUUGACCCUGUUAGAUAUUGUUUUUGAUAUUGUUAUAAAUGGUAUGAAUUUAUUGUCGCAGACUGGUGCUGUGUAUCUCCUAUUAAAAGCGUUUUACGAAACAUCAGCAUUAAUUCCACAUGCCAAUGUCACUGUUCUUUUAGGCUACGAGUAACUUCAUUGUGAUUUUUGUAUUCCUGUUCCAUUGUCGAAUCUUAAUUGUCCGUGGCUUGAAUAUGAAUGACGGACUGAAAAUAAUCAAUACCUAAUACAAGGAUUCAAAUAUAAUUUUCUCGGUCGUUUCAGAAGCAUAUUAUCGGGAGCAGGGGGACGAGACGAUUCUCCUGACUUAGAAUUAACAUGUAGAGACUGAAUAUGUUUGAUCAGUUUUAUUGGGUUGAAGCUGAUAAAAAAAUGCCUUCAUAGUCAGUCACAGGAAAAUAUGAAAUUCUUGGUCUCUAGUGACACCGAUAUCAUUUAAUUGUAAUAUAAUAAGGACAGAAUUGUCCUUUCUAUGUUGGAAAAUCUGACAAUUCUAAUUAAAUAUGCUAGCUCCCUUCUACAGCCAUAAUUGUCAGUCGGGAGUCUGAGGUGCCACUGGGAAUUUUUUGGCAACGACUGAUAAUCAUUAGUGUUCAGUAUCAUAUAAACCAGACUUCAUCCACGUUUAUAAAUAGAGAAAUUGGCUCAUCAAUCUAAAAAUUUACCAUAAUUUUUCUGCCAGUAGGAGCAAUGGUCUCCAUU